AUGAGGCGGGGCGCGGCGGCUGGCUGAGGAGCUGUUGGGCGGCGGCGGCGGCGGGCUUGGAGCUGCCGGGCGGGAGCGGCGUAGGCGCGGGGUCACUAGCAGCGCGAACCUGGACAUGGAGCCGCCCGGCGGGGGCCCGGGGCCCGGCCGCGGGACCCGGGACAAGAAGAAGGGCCGGAGCCCGGACGAGCUGCCUUCGGCGGGCGGCGACGGCGGCAAAUCCAAGAAAUUUACUCUGAAGCGGCUCAUGGCAGAUGAGUUGGAGAGAUUUACCAGCAUGAGAAUUAAGAAGGAGAAAGAAAAGCCUAAUUCUGCUCAUAGAAAUUCUUCUGCAUCAUAUGGGGAUGAUCCCACAGCACAGUCAUUGCAGGAUGUUUCAGAUGAGCAAGUUCUAGUACUCUUUGAACAGAUGCUGUUGGAUAUGAACCUGAACGAGGAAAAACAGCAACCUUUGAGGGAGAAGGACAUUAUCAUCAAGAGAGAGAUGGUGUCCCAGUACUUGCACACCUCCAAGGCUGGCAUGAGUCAAAAGGAGAGCUCUAGGUCAGCCAUGAUGUACAUUCAGGAGCUGAGGUCGGGCUUGCGGGAUAUGCCUCUGCUCAGCUGCCUGGAGUCCCUUCGUGUCUCCCUCAACAACAACCCUGUCAGUUGGGUGCAAACAUUUGGUGCUGAGGGCCUGGCUUCCUUAUUGGACAUCCUUAAACGACUUCAUGAUGAGAAAGAGGAGACUGCUGGAAGCUACGAUAGCCGUAACAAGCAUGAGAUCAUCCGCUGCUUGAAAGCUUUUAUGAACAACAAGUUUGGAAUCAAGACCAUGUUGGAGACAGAAGAAGGAAUUCUGCUGCUGGUCAGAGCCAUGGAUCCUGCUGUUCCCAACAUGAUGAUUGAUGCAGCUAAGCUGCUUUCUGCUCUUUGUAUCCUACCACAGCCAGAAGACAUGAAUGAAAGAGUUUUGGAGGCGAUGACAGAAAGAGCUGAAAUGGAUGAGGUGGAACGUUUCCAGCCACUGCUGGAUGGAUUAAAAAGUGGGACCUCCAUUGCUCUCAAGGUGGGAUGCCUACAGCUGAUCAAUGCUCUCAUCACACCAGCUGAAGAACUUGACUUCCGAGUUCACAUCCGAAGCGAACUGAUGCGCUUGGGGCUGCAUCAAGUGUUGCAGGACCUUCGAGAGAUUGAAAAUGAUGAUAUGAGAGUGCAACUAAAUGUGUUUGAUGAACAAGGAGAAGAAGAUUCCUAUGACCUGAAGGGACGGCUGGAUGACAUUCGAAUGGAGAUGGAUGACUUCAGUGAAGUCUUCCAGAUUCUCUUAAACACAGUGAAGGAUUCAAAGGCAGAGCAACACUUCCUCUCCAUCCUGCAGCACCUACUCUUAGUCCGAAAUGACUAUGAGGCCAGACCGCAGUACUAUAAGUUGAUUGAAGAAUGUAUUUCUCAGAUAGUUCUGCACAAGAAUGGGGCUGAUCCUGACUUCAAGUGCCGGCACCUCCAGAUUGAUAUUGAGGGAUUGAUUGAUCAAAUGAUUGAUAAAACAAAGGUGGAGAAAUCUGAAGCCAAAGCUACAGAGCUGGAAAAAAAGCUGGACUCAGAGUUAACAGCCCGACAUGAGCUACAGGUGGAAAUGAAAAAGAUGGAAAGUGACUUUGAGCAGCAGCUCCAGGAUCUUCAGGGAGAAAAGGAUGCAUUGGAUUCUGAAAAGGAAAAAGUUGCCACAGAGAAACAGAACCUGGAAGCAGAAGUGUCUCAGCUCACAGGAGAGGUUGCCAAGCUGUCCAAGGAACUGGAAGAUGCCAAGAAAGAAGUGGCUUCACUCUCCACUGCAGUUACUGCUGCAGUCCCUCCUAGCAGUGCUACUUUUCCCCCUGCCCCUCCUUUACCUGGUGACUCUGGGCCUGUCAGUCCCCCCUCACCCCCUUUACCAGGAGAGGUUAGCACAGCCUCUGCACCCCCUCUUCCUAGGGGUGGGGCCAUUCCUCCUCCACCACCUCCUCCUCCUCCUCUGCCUGGGGGUGCCUACAUCCCCCCACCCCCUCCUCUGCCUGGGGGUACCUGCAUCCCUCCACCUCCCCCUUUGCCUGGGGGUGCCUACAUCCCCCCACCCCCCCCUCUGCCUGGGGGUGUCUGCAUCCCCCCACCCUCUCCUCUGCCUGGGGGUGCCUGCAUCCCCCCACCUCCCCCUUUGCCUGGGGGUGCCUGCAUCCCCCCACCCCCCCCUUUGCCUGGGGGUGCCUGCAUCCCCCCACCCCCGCCUCUGCCUGGGGGUGCCGGCAUCCCCCCACCCCCGCCUCUGCUUGGGGGUGCCGGCAUCCCCCCACCUCCUCCUCCCUUGCCUGGAGGACCAGGAAUGCUACCUCCCCCUCCCCCUCUUCCUGGUGGAAUCCCUCCACCCCCUCCAUGUCCUGGAGGCCCUGGUAUUCCUCCACCUCUCCCUUUUGGAGUUCCUGCAGCCCCAGUUCUGCCAUUUGGAUUAACCCCAAAGAAACUUUACAAGCCAGAGGUACAGCUCCGGAGGCCAAACUGGUCCAAGUUUGUUGCUGAGGACCUUUCCCAAGACUGCUUCUGGACAAAGGUGAAGGAGGACCGAUUUGAGAACAAUGAACUUUUCGCCAAACUUACCCUUACCUUUUCUGCCCAGACCAAGAACUUAAUACAGACUCCUCCCAAGUAG